AUGGCUUCAUUAAACAUCGACUAUAUUGAAAGACGAGGAUUAAUAGCAUGGAAUGAUUCCAUUAAUAAUCUCGAAUAUACAUUGACACAAUUAACAAGAAUAUUUCAAGAAACAUUAACAAAUAAUAAAUUACAAGUAGUUGGAGCCCGUUAUGCUUCGAUCAGGCUUUACUUGUCAGACAAUACUGUAUUAACUGUUGACAACAUCGAUGACGUUAGUACUGUUGAUCAAUACUUUUUAGAAAGUGACUACCCAUUUUGGAUAUUUGAUAAUACAGUUGUUUUAUGUAUUAGAUAUGUCAAAGAUAUUCAAGGAAAAGCAGCCGUUACACUCUCAGCACUAACAGUUCUAUUAUAUAAGCGAAACGAUUUAUCAUUGGAUGAAGCGAAGAUCAUUGUACGAGAAAAAGACUUUAGUAAUAAAACUAGAACAAACGCAAAAACAAUCUGA